UCAUAAAUCAAAUGAGAGAAAAUUCACUUUUUAUCAUCAGGAUGAAACAUUUUAGGAUUUGAUGCUGUUUUAUGAAAUAUUUGAUAUGAAAUAGAAGAUUAAUGACGAUGAAUGUUGAUGUUAAUGUUGAUUUCUCACAUUUAAAGUAAAAAAUGACUGAAAAUUGACGUGAAAGAUAAAUAAAUGAUAAAUAACAGGAGAAGAACUUUUAUUUUGUAACACUGAUCUAACAGGUUCCCUCUGACCUCAGGUUGGAGUCAUGAUCCUGGUCCUGAUGUUGGUCCUGUCUGCUCCUCACGGUGAGUUCAGGGUCACUUCCUCACUUCCUGUUUGUCUUCAUCACUUCCUGUUUGUCUUCAUCACUUCCUGUUUGUCUUCAGCGCUUCCUGCUGGCUCCUCCUUCUUCUGUCUGGACUCUGAGGCUGGAGACCAGAACCCAGACCACGUGAUUGACUGCCUCGGCCUCAGCUUCACAUGGAUCCACUCUCUCUUCCAUAAUUUCCCGUCGCUGCUGAACUUUGCGUUGAAGCUCCGCUGUGAGACGGGGAUUUGUCCUCGUGACCUGGAGGAUUACGGCUGCUCCUGCAGACGUGAGGCAGUGGGAAACCCGGUGGAUGGUCUGGACGCCUGCUGUCAGACUCACAGACUGUGUUACCAGAGUGCUGCCCCCUGCAGGCAGGAGCUGCCUCCACCUCCGUACAACUUCAGCUGUGAAGCAGCAGCAAACUCCAGCUGUGAUGUCGGUGACUUGUGUCGGCGGAGGUUCUGUGAAUGUGACCGAGCUGCCGUCGAGUGCAUGAGUCAGAGUUCGUACAACUCGACACUGAGAGGCUUCGAGGAGUCCAGCUGCUCCUCUGAGAAUACGACGGACGUGAUCGGCAGCAGCGCGGAGGCUGAGGAGGUCUUUAGAGGAGCAGAUUAUUUGUCUGCAGUGAACGACUCUACGAGCUACUCGCUCUUCAACUCUUCCCUCCUGUCGGCAGAGACAGAGACGCUAACGAGCGUCAGAGUGGACGACGUCCUGGACUUCACAGGGACGGACCACGGAGACCUCGUCCCCCCUCGGCCGGGUGGCCCCUCCCUCCUGACCCCCCCUGAUGACGGAGAGGAGGAAGAGGAGGCUCUGAGUUUCACGCUUAAAGAUCUGAACGAGACUGUGACGGAGGAAGCACUCGAGCAGGAGGAGAUAAAUGAGGAUCCGAUGACCCAGACGAGCAGCCGGGAUGCGGUUUCUUUCUUCUUUGGUGAAGAGACGUCGACGAAUGAAACGGUGACGAAUCAAACGGUGACGAAUCAAACGGUGACCAAUCAAACGGUGACCAAUCAAACGGUGACGAAUCAAACGGUGACACCGACACCGUUCGCUGACGUUUCACCGUCGGCUCAGACUACAACUCCUCAGAGGACUACAGCUCCUCAGAGGACUACAACUCCUCAGAGGACUACAACUCCCAGAGAGCAGACGUCUGAGGAGGAGCCUUCUGAGGAAAAUGGUUCUGUCAUCUCCCUGGUCUCUGUCAGACCUCAGAUCAGCCCAGACCCUGAAAUAACCACCACCAUGAUACCGACUGAAAGGUCAUCUGAGGAGGAGGAGGAGGAAGAGGAGGAGGAGGAGGAAGAACAGCAGGAAGCAGCGUCUGAUGAGCACAGUCCAGGAGGCGUCAGCUCCUCUUUAAGACCAGCAACUCCUUCAUCUUCAGAACCGGGGACGGAGGGAGGAGGAGGAGGAGGAGGAGGAGGAGGAGGAGAGAACAGAGAAGGACCAGAGACAAUCAGCAGAGUUACAACACCAGGACCAGGACCUGGACCUGGACCGACCAGAACCACAACUAGAACCACAACUAGAACCACAACUAGAACCAGUUCCUCCUCCCUGACUGACGCUUCACUGGAGGAGGACGUCACACCUCCUCCUCCUCCUCCUGCUCCUCCUGCUGCUCCCCGUCCACCAGGUGGAGGUGAAACUACCUCCUCCUCCACCUCCUCCUCCACCUCCUCCUCCUCCUCCUCCUCACCAACGCCCAGACCUCCUCCAGAGACCAGAGUCACUGUGACUCCUCCAUCUGAGGAGGAGGAGGAGGAGGAGACAGAGACCAGAGACAAACCUCCGUGUGAGGACGGAGACGCAGCCGACAGCUCUCAGGAGAAAGACUGGGACCUGGUCCAGAAGAGGACGGUCCCGUUCUUUGCCUGGUCUCUGCUGGAGUCAGUUGGACUCACUGAGUUACAGCUGGAGGACGACGUCACAGAGUGCAGUCUGUCCUUCAGGGUGUUUGGAGGGGACGGUCGAGUCCUGAGGGACAUGCCGUCUCUGGGGGAGAUGAUCCACUGUCUCACAGGACGCUGUCCUCACGAGUACGAGAUGUACGGAUGUUACUGUGGACAAGAGGGAAGUGGACAACCUCUGGACCAGCUGGACAGAUGUUGCUUCUUCCAUCUGUGCUGCCUGAGUCAGAUCAGGUCUCUGGGCUGUAGAGCAGAGAGGAGGCUCAGCGCUCACAUCUCCUGUGACGACAGGAAACCACGAUGUGAGGGCGUGUCCAUCUGUGACAAGCUGCAGUGUGUGUGUGAUAAGACCACAGCCAUGUGCAUGGCGGCCGCUCACUUCAACCACAGCCUCCCGACCCAGCGCUGCCAGGGGGGGGCGCCAGCGUGCCGCCAGGCCAGCAGACCUCCCAAAGCGCCCCCCCGACCUCCUCCUCCUCCUCCUCCUCCGUCCAGCGAGGAGAGCGAGGAGGAGCCGGUCCCGCCUCCAGACAGUGAUGAGAGCUCUGACAUGAAGGAGGAGCACAACUCUGCUCCUCCUCCUCCUCCUCCUCCUGCUCCUCCUGCCUCCAGUGAGGAGGUCAGGGAGCCGACAGAAGUUAGUUGGAUUCAAACUCACGACCACCGGCCGAGUCAAGACACACGACCAGAGAUAGAAGAAGAAAACGAGGAAGAGGAGGAAGAAAAAGAAGCAGAAGAAGAAGAAGAGGAGGAGGAGGAGGAGGAGGAGGAGGAGGAGGAGGAGGAGGAGGAGGAGGGAGGAGUCUAGAGGAGCGUGAUGUCACAGUGUUUAUAAUUUAACGACUCCAAUAAUUAAAUGUUUACUGUGAUUCUUCUGUUGAGGGACUUGAACAUAUAAAGACAUGAAGAGUUUUAGUAGUUUGGUGUAAAAAGACGUGAAUAAAGCCGUAAAAUUAUUCUUUUUAUUUUCAUGCAGUUUCUUUAUUUCCUCACGUUACUGAAAGAAAACGAAUAAAAAACAUCUAGUGAACUGAGUAAAUAUCUCAAAUAAAAACCACGACGCAGCAGCUUUGAUAGAAAUACUUUAUUUUUUCAUUCAUUUAUUGAACAUUGAUCUCAAUGCGCCACCUUCUACCAAGCGGAGGCUCCGCGGGCGCCGCUGGAGAUCAGGGAAACGCCUUUAUUUCAGUUAACUGGUUAAUUAAAGUUAAUUAGAUUCUUAGCGGAGCUGGUUUCAGUCUUUUUACUGGAUGAAUUCGUUCAUUAGGUUUAAAUCUCAGUCAGGAAGUUGUGGUUCAGAUUUAAUUCGUUUCCCUGAAGCAGCAGCGGCGGCGGCAGCGGCGAAGGGGGCGGAGCCUCCGCGGCGCCCUCUAGUGGUUAAACCCGUGGCUGUGUUUUGAAUCUGAGCUGAACACAGACGUGACACAAAAAUACGAACCGCUGCAUCACAGAGAUAAAAUAAAAGAAAUCAAAAAGCUCUUUUCUCUUUCAUUUAUUUUUUCUCGUCCGUUGAUAUUUUUAUAUAUUUUUUUUUUAAGGCAGCUCAGUUACUGAUUUUAAACUUUAUUCACCAUAAACACCGAACGUUUCCCUCAGGUUCCUUAUUUGUUGCGAUAGUACCGGCUACACAGCGAACAAAGUGCAAACAACACGUCAUAUUUAAAGGUUUUUAAUCUGAACUAGUGAAUAUUUACAGCUCGUGUGAGCGGCUGAUAGAUUCAGAUCUAAUUUAAUAAAAUAAUCAGGUCCAGACUCACAGCAUCGAUUUUAUUUUAGUUUAGUUUUAGAGUUUAAUGAACUCAGUUAAUUCAUGAAUAAACUUUUUGUUGAAUCUGGACCUGAAAACAUCUGUAAUGAUUCAUUAUUAUUAUUAUUUAACAGUAAACAUUUCUAAAAAAGAAAAAUUAAUUAGCAGAUUGCACUGAUUUCCUCUAUUUUCCCAAAAAUAAUCUGAUUCUAGAUAUAAUAUUUAUAUUUGAUAUUUGAAAUGAUAUCACGGAUCCUACCACAAACAUAGAGAUUCUCAUCAGCAACAACAACGACGACAACAAGAAUCUAAAAGAAUAAAAAGAUUUCAGCAUUUGUUUUCAUCCUGAUCAACAAGAAUAAAUCUCCCGGUUUCUAAAAUCUCUACGAGGCAACGACGCGCGAUGACGCAUGAAAGAAAACGUACAAAAAUAGAAGAUGACACAUUCAGAAGAGGAGGCCACAGCCUCCACGUGAUGCAACUCCUUCCGCUGGAGUUUCAGUUUCAGCAUUAAAAACGCGGCGCCACCUCCAGGAACCGUGCAGGUGCUUCAGACUCUAACAUGAGACACGAGAGUCACCAGAGUUUAAAGUUUUAAACGUCUCCACGUUCUGGGAUAUGAACCGACUCAUCAAAUACAUUCACAACACGUCCAUGUGACGAAGGGGAACAUGGGACGUCCACUAGCUCCACCAUUAGCUCCAACGCUAGCUCCACCGUUAGCCGACCUACACAUAUUAAUAAACCAUUAACCUCCUCUUGAUCCCAAACAUUUUCCUUUCUCAUUUUUAAAUCCUUCCAACAGAACCGACCCACGUCCACGUCCACGUCUCAUCCCUCCGUCCACUUCCACACAACACCGAGCUCUUUAAAGGAGGCGCAACACAAAUCAAAUCUUCCCACGCUGAGCUCAGACCAGAGGACAGAGCCGAUAACCAUCUGCUGUUACACAUCACAGCUGCACCACGUAGGAAAAAAAAAAAAAAGCUAAAA